AUGGCAACCGAGAUGAACCUCGCACCUCCCAAGUCCACGUUCGAGCCGCCGAGUAAACCGAGCAACCAUGAGACAGCCACUCCACGGCAGCCCAUCAACGUUUUCCGUCUCGCUUCACUCUGCAUUAUUGGUCUCAUAUCCAACCUCGGCGACAUCACGCACCUCAUCUCUACCGCACCAACGUCCCUCAAACAGAGCAACACCACUCCCGCCACCCUCACCAACCCCGUUUCCAACCACCCCCCGCAAACCCUCACCCUCCUCGCCCUCCUCACCCUGACAACAACCCUCCUCCACCCACUCACCCACGCCCUCCCAUACUUCACCCCUCCCACGCCAUCCUCCCCACCAACCACCACCCCCACCCUCCUCCUCCUCGCCGCCUCCAUAACAACCAACCUACUCCAAGGCUUCGCCAGCGCCUGCACACUGGUGCUGGCCCUGUGCCUGUCCGGGGGAGGGGCGCGGGUGCGCGCGGUUUGUGUGGCGGGGGCGGUGGGGACGGCGGUGAGGGCCGUUGGCGCUAGUGGCGGUAGUGGUGGGAUUGGGGGUAGUGGAGAUGGUGGUUAUGAAAGGGGGUUGGCGGGGAAGGGGAAGUGGAUGGGUGACGAGGUGCUGGGUGAGGGCGGGCGGGCUGGAGCGAAGAUGGUGUUGCUAGAUGGUGGUGGUGGCUACCCGCCGCCUGCCGGCCGCGCGACCAUUUUCGGUGCUCUGUUCGCCUUUGCCUACCAUGCCGCCGCGGUAGCUAUCCCCGCUGGGCUUGGUUUGUUGGGCCACGAUCGGGAUGGCACCACCGGUCGGCCCCUACCAGUCUUCAUAACAGCGGUGUUUUGGGCUGGGGUUGCCGUCGCGCGGGUUGUGGCUCUUGCGUGA